AAGCUUGAAUUCCUUUAAUAACAGGCGAACACAAAAGGAGCCAUUACCGCCGGGGACUGGCCAACCGAGCAGGCAGCUGUUUAAUCUGCUUUAGCUCGGCGGAGCUAGGUGCUAACAUUACUAGCAUGUUUAAGAUGAUGCGGAUUAUUUAGCCCCGGUCCUCACAUUCACGUUUAUAUACAUGUAACAUUUGACAGUCAGAGGGGCUUCCCACUUCCUUAUUUGACUGUAUGUUUUGUAACUAUUUAAAUUGGUUAUUUAAAGCCUUACUAAAAUGGAUGUCGAGGUUCACUCGUGAUGGCUGUUUACUAUAGCAGCAGAGCUUUUACUCGAGGCUGGCCAGCUCCUCUCCCUAUAAGGAUACGGCUGGUUUCUUCAUGUAGCUAAACGAGUAAAUACAGUUUCCAGGAGUGGCAUGUAUUCGACAUUUCCUAAUUAGUCAUUUUGUGUAAAAAAAUAAAUACAUUUAAAUGGUGAUUUUAGUGUAAAUGAACGUUUGGAAGUGUUGCGUUCACUUGUUGCGUUCUCCUUUCGGAAUUACUAUGUCCUCUAAAGUGAUAUUUAUAGUGAAGUAUCGACGUGGAUAUACUGUGGUAUUUGUAAUAAUAAAGGAGGACGUGGUUACAGCUGGGUUUCUUGGGUUUGGACCGCCUGGUAGCCUCGGAGGAGCUGAGCAAACGGUUUAUUGCUGAAUCACCCUGACUUUACGAAACGACGGCGGUCUCCUCGGUUUACAGUCCACCGGCGGGUUGGACGACACUGUUGCUGCAACUUCCACUUCCCACGCCUGUCGGGAAAUGCAGUUUAUUCUAAGCAACUACAGACUAUUGUAACAGCUGUUUUAUUUACCCUCUGUUUACCAAAACCUUCUUCACAUGUGUUGCUGGCCUACUUUUGCUGUCUAAGCAUAUUCUUCUGUUUUGAAGACAAGUAGGCCUAAUAUUACUACUUUCAUUUACUCAAACACCUUGUAUUUUUAUUUAAUAGAAGACCCCAGCAUAAUUAAAUGAAUAUACAGUUAUGGAAGUCAAAUUGAAAAUACCUCUUUAAAUUUGCGUAAUAACCUCAACUGAGGGUCAUAAAUGGUAUUGAAGUCUGUACCUCUCAGGAAACAACUAAACAUGCCAACUUAAACUCAAAUGACUGAACACACAGAUUUUGAGUCUGGUUCUGACAAUGAGGGGUUUUCCUGAAAACAUGACCUUAUCUUCAACAUUUUGUUGUUGAUAGAUAAAUUGGAUCAAAGAUCAUGAAUACACUGUGUCACCCGGCGAAAAUGUAAAGGAGGAGGUGUUAAAAAGGAAUUUACAGGCAGCUUUAUCUUGUCUGCAUCUAUUUAAAAAAAAAAGAAAACAGAGCAUGCAGUGAGCUCAUGGGUAAAGUUUCUAGUUGACUCCUAUUGGUCACUCCAUGCAUAUGUAGAAUUCUUGUUUGUCACAUUUUUCUUUUUUAAACUAAAUGAAAGCUACGUUGCUGUAAAGAUGUGAAGUGAAAGUGAGCACGUUCACUUUCUGAAAGCAAUGUGGGAAAACACCCGAGUGCUUUAAUGAUGUCGGGGCAAAACAUGGCAGACUCAGGGAAAGGUUGAGAUAUUUUGGCUUCACAGUCCACAGGUGUGGCUACUCGUUAUCAGCAUCUUAAGUGAUCGAGUCACAAUGGAGGUGGAAUUAAUACAGCUAGGAUUGCUUUCAGUUAAAGUGCCGAGUCAUUUCAUAGACGUGACAGUGAUGUGCAACGCAAGGCAAAAAACAACCAAGUGACUAAGAGGGGAAAAAAGCAGGUCAAGUUGGUCCAAUUGGAUGUUGGACUUUAACCCCAAACAACAUUUGAGUGUAGGAAGUCUCUACGCAGUGUUUGGAAAUUGUUAAGCAAGAAGAAUGGGAGCAAACUUCCAAAUAAAGCAGUGAAGGCGGCACAGACUUAAAUAAACAUUCUUACUGCUGUUAUUACAUCUUGUUACUGGAAGCUGCAAUUUAAGUCUGCAUAAACAAUCUUGGCGUUUUAGUCAUACCGAAUGAUUUUCAAAGGUUUCAGCUGUUUUCUACAUGAAGGUUGUUUCUGCUUCAAAUGUCACCUGAAAAGGUGAGAAAUGUAUUUCAUCCGAAGAGCUGCCUGUCAUCAGACACUUUCACAAUAAAACGUUUUAGCCGUUGGUGUUGUGUUGACAAGAGGAAGUGUUGAGGGGAUUGGUUAGGACACCUGCUUUGAGCAACCAAAGGGCAGACACAUGAUAACUUCCUCCUCAAAAUUCCAGCUAACAGAGAAAGGCAUGUUGCUUUCAAAACCUCCUUUUUCUUUCAUAUGUAACCACCGGGUUUAAUGAGAGAGUGCGUUUUUGGAGAAGCAUGAAAGAGCACAGGGUUCUCCUUUUCUUUAUCGUGCAUGACUGGCUGUCUUGUGAGCGGAUGAGUGUGUGCAACUGAGUUGGCUGGUGCCUGGGGAAGAAAAAAAAUCUUUGACAGUUCGAUCAUGACGACAGAAAGAAGCAGCAAAGCCCUGAAGGUGAAGCAGGAAUGUGGCGAGAAUGUGCCCAUGCUGUCGGACAGCGAGCUCAUGUCCCUCACAGUACGAGAGUUGAACCUCCACCUGCGCGGCCUCUCCCGUGAUGAGAUUCAAAAGCUAAAACAGCGGCGCCGUACUUUAAAGAACCGAGGCUACGCGGCCAGCUGCCGGGUCAAACGUGUCUCCCAGCGUGAGGCGCUGGAGCAGCAGAAAACGGAGCUGCAGAGGGAGGUGGACCGGCUCGGGGUGGAGAACGCGGGCAUGAGGAAAGAGCUGGAGGGGCUCGGCGCGCGUCUCGCCGCACUGCAGCGGUUCGCCAGGGGAUUAGAGGCCGGUGGAGGCCACCUACUGGCCACUGCCCCCCGCCUCAACACCGCCUCCGUCAUCACCAUCGUGAAGAGUCCACCACAGCAGCAGCAACAGAGAGAACAGGAGCCGUCCUAGAAGGAGCUGCUGGAACCAGACUGGGGGGGGGGGAGCAUACAACCUGCAAUGCAAACACACGCAUAUAUACACACACACACACACACACACACACACACACCUGCAAACAUAAAACACACACAAGCUGAGAACAGAAAGACGAUAUUAGUAGAAAAAUACUAAACCCCAGUUUAUGCUUCUAUCACCAAUUCUGUAGAAUAACAUGUGCAGGACUCAUUCAGACCUGUGUUGACAGAGGUGUGUGUGUGUGUGACAUCACCUAACAGACAACAACAGAGCUGAGUUUUCCAAAGCAAAGGCUAGAAACCGUUAAAAAGCAUCCAGACCAGUGGAGGUGUCCUCCACUUUAACACGCUGCAGCUUAGUCGACUGAAAUUUAAUUUAGUGUGUUUAGCUAUCAAAAAAAAUGUAGGAUUAUGUUGCAAAAGAUACAGCAUAUUUAAUGUGAACGAGUCGAGUCAUCACACACAUAUAUAUACGUACACUCAUGCACAGAAACCUCACACUCAUCGCCCAGUUCCACACAAGAUGUACACAUGGACUAACCUGAACUCUGACUGAAGCCAGACCAGCUCCACCAGAGCUACUGCACUUCCUUAUGCUACCGUCUCCCAGCAUGCAUCACUUAGGCCGGGGGGAGGGGAGGGGAGGGGCUUCACCUCAUGUCACCUGACCAACGGCAGAAUACCAAGUGGGUUGGAGUGGACGUUUUGAGCAGCCUCCUCCAGCUGUACAGUAUCUGCAUUCCUGGUACAGUUGUAGCUGCUGGUUGUUUCUUAUUUCCAGCACAGCUCAUGUGUCUCUGUUUCUGUGUCCCAAAGAGUGAGAGUCUCUUUUUUUAUUUUAGUCCUCAAUGAAGAGUUUCUCAACUUUGGUUUCACUUGAUGUGUUGGCAAGAUCGUGCGAGAUUUGAGUGACAUAUUUACAGCUCUGUUGUAGAAAUCAAAAAGGAAAUGAUCGAUUAAGAGCUUGUGGAAGAAGAAAUGAUCAUUCAGAAAAAAAGGUUGAGCUGCACUGCAUUUGUGAAUACCGACGAGCUUUCCUUUCCUCUCAUCGUAUUCUCUUUUGGGUUUCACCUGUUGCCACUUCUCCCUCCCUCCAUCCAUGUUCAGGGAGAGCAGACGUGUACUGCUUGUGCACACAUUUCUCACAUCAAUGCAGUGCCUUCAGUGUAUUUUGGAGUAGCAAAAUUGCAAAACCUUGCAGGAAAAAAAAAAAAAGUUAAAAACAGACUGUAAUCACUCCUUGCCGACCGCACAUUUCUCCGUCUAGGAUCACCGGAUUCUCCUCUUUUUUUUUUUUUU